AUGGGCUUCUCGGUGACCGUCCUCCCACCCGAGGCCGCGCUGCCCUUGACCUAUCGCGCCCUCUGCGUCGGCUUUUGCGGCAGCUUUACGACGUGCAGCUCGUGGAUUGUUAAGGCGAUGGUUCAGGACACUGUCGCAGAGACCUUUGAGCACCUGUUCAUUGGUAGUGCAAUGCCCCUUGUGCUCUUCCUCUGGGGCCGUGACUGCGGGUGUGGCGUGCGGUGGUGCGGCGAGCAUAUCAUUGGCUCUCCGUGUGAGACAUGGCCAUUGCACCGCUCGCUGCUUCGUGCCGUUGAUGCCGUCUUUUUGGUCCUUGUGUUUCUUGCAUCGAUCCUAGCGCCGGUUCUUGUGCAGGUGUACAUCAACACGGGCGGCAUCCGUGCCAUCUCCACCGACUCCGUUCGCAUGGUGGUGCUCGCCCCUGCAGGUGCGGUCACCCGCUUUGUGCUCUCGGUCUACCUAAACAAGAAGGCCUGCGCCGCUCAAUUCCCACUAGGCACGCUAGCAGCUAACCUUCUAGGUGUGCUGCUCGCCAUCAUCAUGUACAACAUGGAGGUCAACCACGUUUCCUGCGAGUGGUGCAUCGCUGUCCAGCAUGGCAUCUGCGAGGCACUCUCCACCGUCUCCUCCGCCGCGAGUGAGCUGGUUAGUUUCUACGGCAGCGGGCGCAUCCUGCUAGCGUACGUCUACGCACUGGCGUCAGUUGGUUGCGGUGCCCUCAUUGCCGGCGUUGGACGGCCUCAGCUUUACCAUCGCGCUGUGAGCUGA